AGGGGCCGACGGGAACGGCGGCCGCACUAAAGGGGGCCGACAUGGCGGCGGCGGCGGCUUCGCUUCGCCGGACGGUACUGGGCCCGCGGGGCGUGGGGCUUCCAGGUGCAAGUGCUCCGGGUCUGCUGGGCGGCGCGCGGUCCCGGCAGCUUCCAUUGCGGACACCGCAGGCAGUGUCCUUGUCCUCGAAGUCUGGCCCUUCUCGAGGCCGAAAGGUGAUGCUGUCAGCGUUGGGCAUGCUGGCCGCGGGGGGUGCAGGGCUAGCUGUGGCCCUUCAUUCUGCCGUGAGUGCCAGUGACCUGGAGCUGCACCCCCCCAGCUACCCAUGGUCUCAUCGUGGCCUCCUCUCCUCCUUGGACCACACCAGCAUUCGGAGGGGUUUCCAGGUAUACAAGCAGGUGUGCUCUUCCUGCCACAGCAUGGAUUAUGUGGCGUACCGCCACCUGGUGGGAGUGUGCUACACGGAGGAAGAAGCCAAGGCGCUGGCUGAGGAGGUGGAGGUCCAGGAUGGCCCUAAUGAUGAUGGGGAGAUGUUCAUGCGGCCAGGGAAGUUGUCUGACUAUUUUCCAAAACCAUACCCUAACCCUGAGGCUGCAAGAGCUGCUAACAAUGGAGCUUUACCCCCUGACCUCAGCUACAUCGUUCGAGCUAGGCAUGGUGGUGAGGACUACGUAUUUUCCCUGCUCACUGGCUACUGUGAGCCCCCCACUGGGGUGUCAUUGCGAGAAGGCCUCUAUUUCAACCCUUACUUUCCCGGCCAGGCCAUUGGCAUGGCUCCUCCCAUCUACACAGAAGUCUUGGAGUAUGAUGAUGGCACCCCAGCUACCAUGUCACAAGUAGCUAAGGAUGUCGCCACCUUCCUUCGCUGGGCAUCAGAACCAGAGCAUGACCAUCGAAAACGCAUGGGUCUCAAGAUGUUGUUGAUGAUGGGCCUGCUGCUGCCCCUGACCUAUGCCAUGAAGCGGCAUAAGUGGUCAGUCCUGAAGAGUCGAAAGCUGGCUUAUCGGCCACCCAAGUGACCCUGUUCAGUAUCUGCUUGUCAUCUUGCCAGAACAAGCUCUCAGCAGCCCAGGAACAGUCCAUGGCCUUCUCAGGCCUGGCCCUUUUCAUCAGAUACAAGGGCCAGGAGACCAGACUCUUGCUUCUGAUCUUCCUUCAGCCCUCAGUGUGGGAAUAAAUUAAGUUUCUCAACAUACACAUUUUAGCUGGUCAAUGACUAAAACAUUUUUUCAGUGGAACCCUGGAACCCAUAUUUCUCCACAUUAUUGUUUCCUGUACUGCCCAGUAUCUGGGAGUUAUUGAUAUGCACCAGAAUGCAAAACCUGGCAGCACUGUUUGCAUGGGAGAGAUGGCUCAGUGGUUAAGAGCACUGGCUGCUUUUCCAGAGGACCUGGGUUCAGUUCCCAGCACUCAACAUGGUGGCUCAAAACCAUCUGUCUCCAGUCGCAAGGGCUCUAACACCCUCUUUUGGCCUUCAAGGCACUGCAUGAAUGUAAUACAAAGCUGUCCGUGUAGGUAAA